UUGCGGGCCGGCAGCGGCGGUGCCGAGAGGAGCCGGCGGUCAGGCGGCCGCGUGGGCUCCUCACUUCCUACUCGGGGCAAGAUGGCGGGGGACGAGGCGGGAGUGACUCUGGGGCAGCCGCACCUCAGCCGGCAGGAUCUCGGCACCUUGGAUGUUACCAAGUUGACGCCACUUUCACCAGAAGUCAUCAGCAGACAAGCAACAAUUAAUAUAGGUACAAUUGGUCAUGUAGCCCAUGGAAAGUCAACAGUAGUCAAAGCUAUAUCUGGAGUUCAUACUGUCAGAUUUAAAAAUGAACUGGAAAGAAAUAUCACAAUCAAGCUGGGUUAUGCUAAUGCAAAGAUUUACAAGCUGGAUGACCCAAGCUGCUCUCGACCAGAGUGCUAUCGAUCCUGUGGAAGUAGCACCCCAGAUGAGUUCCCUACAGAUAUUCCUGGCACCAAAGGGAACUUUAAACUAGUCAGGCAUGUCUCUUUUGUGGAUUGCCCCGGCCACGACAUUUUGAUGGCUACCAUGUUGAACGGUGCAGCAGUAAUGGAUGCAGCUUUGCUGUUGAUAGCUGGUAAUGAGUCAUGCCCUCAACCUCAGACCUCAGAACAUCUAGCUGCUAUAGAAAUCAUGAAACUGAAGCACAUUUUGAUUCUACAGAAUAAGAUUGACUUGGUGAAAGAGAGCCAGGCUAAAGAACAGUAUGAACAGAUUCUUGCAUUUGUACAAGGUACAGUUGCAGAAGGAGCUCCAAUAAUUCCAAUCUCAGCACAGCUGAAGUACAACAUAGAGGUGGUUUGUGAAUACAUAGUGAAGAAAAUCCCGGUCCCUUUGCGAGACUUCACAUCUGAACCAAGGCUCAUUGUUAUUAGAUCUUUUGAUGUCAACAAGCCUGGCUGUGAAGUUGAUGACCUUAAGGGAGGUGUUGCUGGUGGCAGUAUUCUAAAGGGUGUUUUGAAGGUGGGCCAGGAAAUUGAGGUGAGGCCUGGUAUUGUCUCCAAGGACAGUGAAGGCAAGCUCAUGUGCAAGCCAAUCUUUUCCAAAAUUGUGUCACUCUUUGCUGAACAUAAUGAUCUACAAUAUGCUGCUCCAGGAGGCCUUAUAGGUGUUGGCACUAAGAUUGAUCCCACUUUGUGCCGGGCUGACCGCAUGGUGGGCCAAGUUCUUGGGGCAGUUGGGGCACUGCCAGAAAUAUUUACAGAGCUAGAAAUUUCCUACUUCUUGCUGAGACGACUCUUAGGUGUGCGCACUGAAGGAGACAAGAAAGCUGCAAAGGUGCAAAAAUUAUCGAAGAAUGAAGUUCUGAUGGUAAACAUAGGAUCCUUAUCUACUGGAGGGAGAGUCAGUGCUGUAAAGGCUGAUUUGGGGAAGAUUGUGCUAACUAACCCUGUAUGCACAGAAGUGGGAGAAAAAAUUGCUCUGAGUCGAAGAGUUGAGAAACAUUGGCGUUUAAUUGGUUGGGGUCAGAUCAGAAGAGGAGUGACAAUCAAGCCAACUGUUGAUGAUGACUGAAGAACAAAAGAGUGCUUCAUUUUUAAAGAUGAAGUGCCUAUUUCUGUUUUGGAGGGGGUGUAUUUUCACAGUGGAAUUGGAAGCUGUGCAAACAGGAUCUUUGAGUUGUAUGGCUGUCCUCAUAGCUUUUAUUGAAUUUUACCCUCUUACUAAAAUACUAGUCACUAUCACCAUUAAAAGUGUAAAAGAAUUGGCAUAGGGUGGGUUUCAUUAUCCACGUUUUAGUAGAAAUUAAUUGUACAUGUCUCACGGCAUGUCUAAUUUAUGUUACUUUGUGUUUCAGACAUAUCUGUUUAAUAUCAGUCAAACCAGCCCCAGUGUAACACACAAACCAUAAAUCUGGUAUUGAAAUAAAAUAUUGCUUAUUUUCAUUAAUUCAUACAGUUUUUCUAAGUAACAAAAGACUGCAGUGAUUGUUCAAGUUCAAGAAUUAAAAGCAAGCAAACUCUUCUUGGAAGACUAGUACCUUUUCUGCACAAUUUAUGUUUAGACAACUGUUACCAACAAAAAACUUCAUUUCUUUGUUUCUAUGGUUCUGAUUUUAGGAUUCUAAAGUAUUACACUUUGUAAUUAGGAUGGCAAUAUUGACUGACUUGAAUUUGUCGUUUCUGAUAUUACUACAUGUUUUCUUAAAUCCCCAAAGGAAAACCACAAGUAAACUGGAUCUGAACUGGCA